UCCCUGUCACACAAUCUUUAUUAAACAUAAAUCUCAAUCAAAAGUUAGUCUUCUUCUUGCUUUGCUUCUGUCUUUGAAAAUCAAACUUGUUCGUUCAUUGUUCUUAUUCAUAAUUGCUUUAUCUCUGAUAUCAUCAAUUUCAUUAUUAUCAUGUCGAUAGAAAAGCUGUCUGUUAAUGUUGCAUCAGUGAUACUGAAGAAGUUGGUUUCGACUAUUAGCCAAGAUAUUGGUAUUUUGGGUGUCGAGAGCGACUUAAAAAAGCUUAAAACCACCCUGGAGAUGAUUGAGGCUGUGACUUUUGAUGCUGAGCAAAAGCAAAUAAAAGACGCGGCUGUGGGACUUUGGUUAAGAAGGCUUAAGGAUGUAGCUUAUGAUGUUGAUGAUGUUCUGGAUGAGUUAUCCUAUAAAGCUAUGUAUCAAUCUGAAAAGGGCCGCAAGAGAGAUAAGGUACGGAACUUCGUUUCAGCUUCUAACCCACUUGCAUUUCGUAUUAAGAUGUCUCGUAAAAUUAAAGAUAUCAAUAUUAAGUUAGACGGAAUUGCUAGUGAUACGGUUAGGUUUUUUCUGGAACCAACUAGUAGCAAUGGUACUGCUCAUGAUCUAAACAUUGAACAAAGGAAUCGAGAGACAAUGUCCUUUGUAGGUGAAAUGAAAAUUGUUGGAAGAGAAAAUGAUAAGUCACACAUAGUAAGGGCGUUGCUCAAUACAUCAUCAUUAAUAUCUUCUUCUGUAAACUUUAGUCAACAAGAAAAAUUGUCUGUAAUGUCCAUAGUGGGUAUGGGUGGUCUUGGCAAGACUACACUAGCCCAAUUGGUUUACAAAGAUCACUCAACUGUCAGAAACUUUGAACCACGAAUUUGGGUUUGUGUGUCUGAUGAUUUUGAUAUCUAUAAGAUCUUAAUAAGUAUUGUAGAGUCCAUUACCCAAAACAAGUGUGAUGAUUUUUCAAACAUCGAGGUAUUGGUAGGGAAAGUUCAUGAGAAGCUGGCUGGAAACAAAUUUUUGUUAGUGCUGGAUGAUGUGUGGCAUGAGAACAUCGAGGACUGGGAGAAACUUAGGGGAAUUUUAGGCGUUGGUGCUGAAGGUAGCAGAAUCUUAGUCACUACUAGAAAACACCAAGUUGCGUCUAUUACUGAGACUUUAAUUCCACCAUACACUUUACAAGUAUUAACCCAAAAUGAAUGUUGGUCUAUUAUCAAGAGCAAAGCAUUCUCUUUCGGUGGAGCAGUUGAGACUCCAACUAUGGCCAAUAUAGGAGAGGAGAUAGCGACAAAAUGUGCUGGUUUACCACUUGCAGCAAAUUUUCUAGGAAGUCUUAUGCGCUUGAAGAAAACCGAGCUUGAUUGGUUGUCAAUUAGAGACAGUGAUGUUCUGGAUACACCAGAAAAUCAAAACAGAAUCAAUCUUAUAUUGAAAUUGAGCUUCGAUAAUUUACCCUCCCAUUUAAAACAGUGCUUUUCAUAUUGUUGUGUAUUUCCUAAGGGCUGGGAAAUCAAGAGAGAAAAUUUAAUCCAAUUAUGGAUGGCUGAAGGGUUUCUUCAGCCAUCUCAUAGGAGCAGUAAAAGAUCCACAGAAGAUAUUGGAAAUGAUUAUUUCCAAGAUUUGUUGUCUAGUUCUUUCUUUCAAGAUGUAGAAAAAGAUGCAUUAGGUGAAAUGCAAUUGUGCAAGAUGCAUGAUUUAGUACAUGAUCUUGCACAAAGUGUCUUCGGCAGUCAUGAAUUCAUGAGUGUUAAUGCAAGUGAAUUGGGAAAUAUUUCGGAAACUAGGCGUCUACAAUUAGUUCUGGAUGACAAUUCAUCUAAAACAUUUGUAAAAGUCUUGCAUAACUCCACCAAAUUGCGGUCAGUGUUUUUUCUGAAAAACAAGUAUUUGAGAGUUGAGGAUUUGGUUAAUAAUAAGUAUUUGCGGGUCAUAUGUUUGCUUGGUGUACACAGUAUGAAAAUUCCCUCUUCGGCAUUCAGGUUUAAACAUUUGCGGUACCUUGACCUUUCGCAUUCUGAAGUUGAAGAAGUAGAAGAUGCGUCAGUUAGUCAACUUUACAAUCUACAGACAUUUGUACUUCAUAGAGGCGUUAAUGUUCAAAAUAUUCUGAAAGACAUUGGAUCUUUGAAAAAUUUAAGGCACUUAGAUCUUUCAUAUUCGGAUAUAGUUGUGCUACCUGAUUCCAUCGGUUUACUCAGUAAUCUGCAGACAUUAAAUCUCAGAAGAUGUAAUUUAAACGGUUUACCUGUCUCUUUUCAACGUUUAAAUCAUUUAAGUCAACUUGAUGUUUCACUGACAAACAUCACAAAUCUAGACUCAAUCACUGAGGUCGAAAAUUUAAGGAAGUUGAAUUUCACUUACUGCAAAAGAUUAAAAGCAUUACCAGGAGACUUUGGUAGGCUGACAAGAUUAAGAUGCCUUGAUUUGGAAGGCUCUAACAUUAAAGUACUACCUGAAUCUUGCAUUAGCAGUCUCUGCAGUUUGGAGAUCGUGGAACUAGGAUCUGAGUGUAAGCUUCCUAAAGAGAUUAACAAUUGGCCAAAGCUGAGACGUCUUACUCACAACAACUGGAAGGAUGAAAUGCCAAGAGGUAUAAAGACGCUGACUCUCCUUGAAGUAUUAAGGUCAUACAAGGUGAGGAAAGAUGAUGAUAGUGGGAUAAAAGAGUUAGCAGGCCUGAACUUCCUUCAGGUGUUGUGGAUACACAAUCUAGAGAAUGUGAGAGGUGGAAAAGAAGGCGCCGAAAGAGCAAAGUUAAAGGACAAGCAUAACAUUCAAGAUUUGCUGCUCUGUUGGGAUUACAGGGGUACCAGCGAUAGUAAUGUUUUGGAAGGUCUCCAACCUCACCCUAACUUGAAGAAAUUGGAAAUAAAAGAAUUUAAGGGUACGGAGUUUCCAAGGUGGUUAUCUGAUUGCCUUCCGAAUUUGGUAAGAUUAGAUUUAACAAAUUGCAAGAGUUCAGAGAAUCUUCCAGCUCUAGGUAUGCUUCCAAGUCUUAGGGAACUUAAGCUUGCGAGAAUGAAUGCUGUGGAGUGUUUGGGUCAUGAGUUUUAUCACCAUGAAGAUGAAACAGGAGAAGACGGAGAAGAAAGGAGCAGCAGUGUUGGGAGUUUUAUAACAUUAUUCCCUUCCUUAAUUGAGUUGGAUCUGUAUUGCAUGGAAAACUUAGAAGAGUGGGUUGCUCCUCCUCCACCUUAUAUUUCCUUCCCCGUACUUGAGACUCUGAGUAUCGAAUGUGAUAAAUUGGGAAGCACGCCUGACACAUUUCCUUCUCUGAAGAAACUGACUUUAGAAGCUGCCACUUUCCAGUUGGUAAUCUCUAUGGCUAGUAGAGACUUGAUGUCUUCUCUUACUUCCAUUUGUCUUAAAGAUUCUCCAGAAGUACAAUAUUUUCCACUGGAUGUACUCCUGAACAAUAAUAUUAUUCAAUCUCUGAAGAUACAAUGCUGCGACAAUUUUCGAGGUUUCAUUCUUCUAGACAGGGAUGAUGAUAUGAAUGAAUAUGAAUCAUUAUCAGAAUUCCCAGAAAAUUACUGCACCAUGGGCAACAACUCUCUCCGCUCAUUGCUUUUGGAUAGAUGCCCUGAGAUAAUAGUACUGCCGGAUUUACGAUCUUGGACUUCUCUGCGGAAACUAGGCAUCAUGGGCUGCGAUGAAUUGGUGGAGUCUUUACCCUAUGAUUUGAAGUCCCUCGACUUCAUUGAAAAACUUUCUUUUGAUCACGCAGAUCUAGGUCUCUUCUAUUUUUAAAUCAGGAGCGGCAACAGCAGGUUUGGGCCUAAUUGGAGCAGUACUUCUUUUUUUUCUACGGGUUGCAUUUGGAAAGUUCUGACAUGUACCUAAGACAAGUAUCAGAUUUCUCUGAUGGUCUUAUAAUAAAAAUCUGCAGUGUCACCAAAAAUCGACAACAUAAGCAAGUUUUUCUUAAUGGGCAUGCACAUGAUCAGGAGAUGAAAUGAAGAUAUAUGCACACAGGUUCUGAACUGUAAGGAUACUCUGCUACAAAUGAUUCAUUUUACUCUUUUGCGUAUUUUCAUAAUUCUUGUUCUGUCUCUCUUGUUCUCUUUUGCAAAUGAUUGGUGGUGGCUGUAGGUGCCAACCUAUUUGGGAUGUAUGUCAGUCACUAUAUAAGUGAUGCUUACUGGGCUAGCUCGAGUCAGAGUCUUGUUGUGUGUUUUUUCUGUUUUGAAUUAAGGAGUUUUAGUGGAAUGAAAACGUUGUCUAACUAUUUAUGCAA